CGCUGGCCAUGGCUGUCGCGUUCUCCCUAUUUCUCUCGCUCCUUUGCUUCCUCCAGCUCGCGGUACGGACACAUGCGGCGGCACUGACGACCGCAAUUGGUGCGAAUGAGCGGGUGUGCUUCUACGCGGAUGCGGACAAGGCGGGAGAGAAGAUUGGGUUCUACUACGCUGUUCAAUCCGGUGGCUCGUUUGACAUCGACUUCGAGGUGAAAGAUCCGAGCGAGAAGGUCAUCCUUGACGGCAAGCGCGAGAGGCAAGGCGACUAUGUCUUCACGGCCAACACCCCUGGCGAAUACUCCUUCUGCUUUGAGAACGACAUGUCCACGCUCACCGAGAAGCUCGUCGACUUCGACAUCAUGGUCGAGUCCGAACCCCGUCGCGACCCUCCCGCGAAACCCGGUCAAAUCGCAGACCAUACGAGCGCGCUGGAGGAGAGCAUAUUCCGCCUUAAUGGCAUGCUCAUCAACAUUAAGCGUACGCAGAAAUACUUCCACACGCGCGAGAACCGCGGGUUCGACAUUGUCAAGGCCACCAAGAACCAAAUGUUCUGGUACACGGUGCUAGAGAGCUUGGCCGUGAUUGGGAUGGCUGUUCUGCAGGUGUAUGUGCUGCAGACGUUCUUCACGAAGACUGGCAGACGAUACAAGGUGUAACUUAUUACGACUUUUCACGGAUACAUACUCUUGCUUCUAGUUCCG